AUGACAUUUGACGCGCGGAAUGUGCGCACACUUCUUGAUCGCGAAGAAAAUGCCUGCCCUGAGCGGGAAACUGCCAUCGUAACUCGGAAACUAAGUCGCUAUAAUAUUGAUGUGGCUGCACUCAGCGAAACACACCUCCCCGAUGAAGGAGAGCUGGUAGAACACGGCGGCAGGUAUACUUUCUUUUGGAAAGGACUCGCUUCCUCAGAGCAGCGAAGGUCUAGUGUAGGCUUUGCUGUCAAGAACUGCCUUUCUGCUCAACUACAAGAGUACCCUGUACACGUCUCGGAUCGCAUUACCACAUUGCGCCUUUACAUGAGACGUGAAAACUAUCUGAAUGUCAUCAGUGUCUAUGCCCCUACGCUGGACAAGUCUGAUGAAAUUAAGGACAAAUUUUACGAAGAAUUGACGCGGUGCAUAGAUAGUAUCCGUCCAAGGGAGCAAAUCCUUCUCUUGGGCGACUUUAAUACCCGAGUAGGACGUGAUUAUGACGCCUGGCCUAAAGUUCUGGCCAGACAUGGUGUUGGUAAAAUGAACAGCAGCGGCCAACUGUUGCUUAGUUUUUGUGCACAUUAG